AAAAAUUUUCAGAUUUUUUACCCCUCUCCCCCACCUCUCUCCCCCACGUGCGAGCCUCUCUCCCCCAAAUACUCCCGCCUCCCCACUUCCUUCUUCGCCGUUUUCUUCUCUUUCUGCGCAUAUCUCCCCCCACGCCGUGCUUCUUCUUCGUCCAGCACUCCUCGGUCUGAAGCCAUAUCCUCUUUCGAAGCGGUCGGUCGUCUCGAGGCGCCAAGGUCGAAGCCGGUCUGAAGCUUCCGAUCGCUGGUGGAAGAAGCCACCACUAUGGUCCGGAGCACACCGUCAUCUUUGGCCGCGGCUGCAAAGAAAAGGAAGGAGCAUGAACUAGUCGUUCUUGAAGAAGAUGUUGAAAUAACCAAAGCCCAACCUGCCAUAUAUGAAAGGAAAAAAAGAAAGAGGUUCGUCUCAAAGUAUCAUAACAGUCCUUUUAUGGAUCCGUGUGCUAAGUGGGUGAAGCCGAGUGAACUUGGAAGCGACACUGAAAUUCCGGGAGAAGAUAAACUCUUGAAUGAGCUCAAGACUUGGGCGGAAGCCCCUGCUACUGAGGAACCAGUGUGUGAUGUUAGACAUGCCAAUUGAUAAGUCUGUAUUACAACACGCAUUGUCCAUCAUAUGCCCCGAAGUAGUUAAAAAAGUACUUAUUUUUUGUUGUAACAAUUUGUCCAUCAUAUGCCCCGAAGUAGUUAUAUAUAUGCUUAUGUUUUUAUGUAAUCCCUAAACCAAGC